AUGGGGGACGAUCACUCAGUUUCUUUAUUGAUAAACACGUUAAGAAUUAUCGUAAUAACAUUUUUACAGACUGCUGAAAGAUUUGAUCCAAGAGAACGUUCGUGGGCAACAAUAAGAAGUAUGAGUACGAGAAGAGGAUGCCAUACGUUGACUGUGUUGGAUGGGAAGUUAUAUGCAGUUGAUGGGGCUACAAUGGUACGUAGCACUGAAAUAUAUGACCCCCGUCUUGCAACAUGGAUGGUUGGUGAGCCAAUGGAACUCGCGAGAGGUUAUUCAGCUGCUGCUGUUCUGCAGGACUCUAUUUAUGAGAUUGGAGGAGUUAAAUCUAAUGAGAAAAUUGUAGACGUGAUUGAAUGUUACAAGCCCGGUGUAGGCUGGAAAACACUCAACUUGAAGGGAGUUGGAAGAAGAACUGCAUAUUCUCACUCAUCGUUUGAUCGUUAA